UGUCUGGGUGUGACUGUGCAGAGCAGCGUGACAGACAGGUGUUCUGACCUGAACUCAAGAGAGAUUCUUACCUUUAUUUAAAGACACGUCUGUGGAGGUGAAAAUCCAAAAUGAGCCGGUACUCWUCAGGCAAGGCAGGUCUUCUGCAAGACAACAGCUGGAUCAAGAAACCAGACGAUGAGGAUGAAGCAGUCGAUGAAGACCCCAACUUUGGCCGGAGCGUUUUGGGUCGAACUAGAGCUGAUGAGACUUCUGUGARCUCUUUGGAAAAUGAGCCAGGGAAAACCAGCACCACUUCAACCAAAGCCUCAUCCGUUCUGUCUCUUUCCAAAAAGUUUGGAGGAGGUCUAGAUGAUCCAAAGAGUUCUGUUUCUUCAACCAAGCCUUCACCCACCUACCAGAAAAAAUACUCAACUGUGAAGACGGACACUCCCAGCUCGGUCACGACUACAGUCAAAGAGCAGCCAAAGACAAGCAUUACAACCACUACUGUGACCAAGAAUGGAGUUACAUCUGAGACUACCACCAGCAGCAGCAGCAGCCAGAUUAUCAAAUCGCCUGAGAUUAAAUCUCCCACUGCAUUCACUGAGCGUGUCAAAUCUUCAAGCAAAGAUGCCCAGUACACAGCAUACUCACCUACCAGAACAACGAAAGUGACUGAGAAAACUGUCACCUCCACCAAUGACGCGGAGGAUAAACUGUUUGACACUCUCAUCCAGUCACCUUCCAAGGAUGAUUUCUCAACUACAAACAGAAAAACGACUGUCACCACAAUCGAGACUGUGAAGGUGAAAAGUAGCUCUGAUGCUGAUGCUGAGAACAAACUCUAUGACUCACUCAUUCCCACGUCUAUCAAAAAUGAUGCUCCAAACAGCAAAUCAACACUCACCUCUACUGAGACUGUGACGAUAAAAAGCAGCUUUAAUGAUGAUGAUGACGAUUACACUCGCAGCUCCUUCAAAGAGUCUUCCUCAAACAUCAAAACAUCGAUGACCAGUACUGAGACUUGGACAGUGAAAAGCUCCUCUAACAUAGACACAAAAACAUCAAAGACUUCCUUUGUGGCUGAGGAUCAGCUGUACGACUCCCUGCUGCCUAAAGCCAUCACAUCUUCGCCCAUAAGCACAAAGAAAGACAUCACCAUAGUGGAAACCAGCAAAAGAAGUGACAGCCCGACUCUGUCAACACCAACCUCAUUACGCACCAGCAGUUACAGCUCAUACACUGAUGAUACUCCAUCCACCCGCACCAGCUCCUACAGCAACAGCUACAAUAAGACCUACUCGUACUCACGACCAGACACCAGUUACGAGUACACCAGUGUCACCAGUCCAUCUGUCUUCACCUCACCAUCAUACAAGAACAGCAGCUGGUCAGAUGAUACUCAGACAAGUUUGAGCUACUCUAAAUCUCCCAGUGUGUAUACAACUCCUGAAAGAACUGUGCUUGAGAAGGACCUGUGCACUGUCUGCCGUAAGCCCUUCACUGGAGACGCCAAGAUGAUCCUGGACGACAUGAAAAUCAACUGCCACGCUACCUGCUUUAAAUGUCAAGUCUGCCACGGCUCUCUGAGUAACAUGAAAGCCGGGGACAGCAUGUGGAUCUAUAAACGCAUGGUGCACUGCGAGAACUGCUUCGAGGACACCAGAGAGAAAUGGCGUCGCUGAGCCCUUCCUUGAAGAUUAUUCAACUUGUUGCAUCACAAUGUGGGUGACGUGGGUCCUUAUGCUGGCAUUUUACCAAACGGAGACAUCUUUUAGUAAUGGCUUUGACAAAUCACAGUUACAUGAUCUUUAAACAUGUUGUGAUGUUGCUGUCUCUGUACCUACCUCUUUAUAGUUUUCUUUUCUGGGGAUUCUUGUGGGAAACAUUAAAAAAAACUCAUUACACCACUUAGGGCCGGGGGUUUUUUCCUUUGUGCAAUAGAAGCAAAGACAAAUAUCUUCAUCUAAAAUUUACAAGUGAUUGAAAAUGUCCCCCCUUUUUUUGGAUUACUUCUAAAUCACUGUAGACCCCUCCCCCUCAAAAAAAGAAAUACAAAAAAUUUAUAAAACAGGAUGAAACAGAAUCUCAAAAUGUGAUGGAUUUUGGAGAAUUUUUUGAUGAAUAUGAUAUAAGAUUAUAUUAAUAUUGUAACAAAAUGGAGUUUAUUUGAAUGGGAGUUUUUUAGUUUCAUCACAAAAAUCACAAGUGCUUAUUACAUGCUGGGGUGAUUUGUCUGUUUUUAUGUUUGCAUCAUUUGUUCACAGGUUUGUGGCUCUUUACCACAGUCUAUUAUGCAUUUUAAAUUUGUGAUAGAAUAUGCCAACAAUAUGCUUAAUGCAUUUGCAACCAAGAUAUACCAAAUCAUGUGUAGUUUUGAAAUGCACCUUUAAAUAUUAAGCAAUAAAUGUUUUGUCAACAUCA